ACUUCACAAUCUGUGACAUCAUCAGCCUGUUGUGAAAAAGUUUCAAGCUAGCAGAGGUCUUCGACAGCCACUGAUAAACUUGAUCCCAAAAGUUUGACAAGACUCACCAGAGGUGUUCUGUGGUCAACCUCAAAUGUGCACUGCGAGCUUCCUGUUCAGAGAGAAGAGAUUUCUACUGGUCCAACUGAACUGGAAUACUUUGAGUGACUUCCUUGUUUGAGCUGGCAAACACACAAACUCAACUCAUUGUUAUGGCUCCUUGGACUCAGGUGACAUGCAGAAAGAAGAAAGCCCAUAAAAGUUCUGCACCUCUCUGCUCAACAACUCAAGUUUUUUGAAGAAAUAAGGAAGAAAAUGUCGGAAAAUCAGGUGUGAUCCUGUCCGCUUCUCUUACAGGCUGACGGUUGAGUAGCAGGUUAAACUGAAAAAAUGAGUCACGGGGGACAAGAAGAUCGGGGGACGGGACUGAAAGACGUCUUCGACAUACUAGUCAAAGCACUUCCGCUGCAGCUGCUGAGCUUGACAUUCCAGCUGGGCGAGUCUCCUGAAGAGAAUAUCGUACACGCCUUAUGUCUGAUUAUUCUCCAGAAAGAGGCGCGUGCCCUGGACAAACUCCAGAGGCUGAAGAACAACCACCUCGCUACCCAGCUAGUUGAAAAGUGGCAGAUGAGUGAAGGCAAAUUAGAGGAUUUUGCCGUUCGUUGUGGACAUUUUCAAGAGCUUGCCGGAGAAUCUCUGGCCCUGUUGGCUCGUAUUUUCAAGGUUUUGUCAGAACGGAGGCUGUGUGAUCCAUGUCUGAGAAACCUGGCGUACAAGAGAGCCCUUUCCAGUGACGAUCAAAAAGCAAGCAGUUGUGAGAAACUGGAGCACGGUCACCUCACAGAGGAAGCUAAAGUCGUCUGUGGGCCUCAGUUCGCAGAGUGGGUGUGCUCCUCGAACGAUCUCAAGUCAGGGCCUUACCGUGAUCCUCUCAGCAGCCUGGACGAAGGUAACGCAACGUUAAGAGUUACCCUGCCUCAGGAUCAGUCAGAGAGAGCUCACAGUCUGCCCAGCCCACUGCAGGUGGCCUCUUCGAUGCCGUCGUACCCUACUCAUCUAGAGAUAAGUAUAGCUCCGACAGCCUCGUUUCAAGACGACAGAGUAGCUCCAGAAACAUCCGCUGAAUCCAAACUAAAAACCGAACCCGCCCUCGUUGUCAGCGAAUGUGAAGCAAAAAAUGCACUUAGCCAAUCCCUCGCAUCUCAGCCUCGGCCCAGUCAACCUCCUCUGUCUGGUGCAAAGCAACACUCAAAGAUGGAUGAAGCAUUAGCUGCAGAGGGCAGUAAGUCGUACAGUCUUAUCGCUCAGAAUAAGACUCUAAACCAAACCACCAGACCGAACUUUGCACUACCUACUGCGACAAACAUUGUUCGACCCAAGAUGCCCGCUCCAUAUGAAAUGCAAGACAGUAAAGAUGUCGAAGAGGAGGAAGAGGCGAUAUUUUAUUCAUUUGUUAUCUUGCAUGCACCGGAGGAUGACGAUGUGGCCGAGAGCAUGAGGGAAAGAGUGAAAGAGGUCAUUGGUAGUGAUGGUGCAACUUUUUCUGGGGACUUUGCCAUCCCUGGAAAGAGCACCCUGAGGUGUGUAGAGGAUGCUAUCGACAACUCGGCCUUCACUCUCCUGCUGUUCACCCGCAACUUCAACACUCGCAUGCUGGAGGUGGAGACGGACUCGGCCCUCAUCAACUCCAUAAACAAGAGACACAAGUACAACACAGUUAUCCCUCUUCUGCCACGGGAGAACUGCAUGCACAGAGAUAGCCUCCCUUUGGUUUUGCAAACAAUAAAUCCACUUGAGGAGAACAGGAGCUUCGAUAGGAAAAUAAAAAAGUUAUUCUGUCGAGCGACGAUUGAAAAGCAGAGGAAAAUCUGGAACGCAGAUCAGUUGGUGAAGAGGGAGAUAGAGCGACAGCAGAGACUGAAGAAUUUAAACCAGUCCCAACAGCAGCUGAUCAAAGAGUGUGCAACAGCACAUUUGCUAGAAGAAGAGAUGAUUUCAUUGGCUAGAAAACUUCAUCUCGGCCCCUUUGUGCCACCUGAACAAGACAACAGUGAGGGCAGGGUUCACCGGCAACAACAACAGAAUAUUCACAUUGAAAAUGCUAAUUACAUAAUAAUUGGUAACGAGUCUCACAUGACUGUGGGUGGAGGUGCAGACAAAGAUGAUUCAGUGGAGGAGCAAUAACCUUAAAGAUGGGGGGAAAAAUACUGUGGAGUCAAAUUAUUUGUAGACAAAUGAGAGGAAUAGUCAUGUUUAUUGUCUGAACAGUAAAAUGUCAGAGCUGUAACUACCGCGGAGUAUUGACACACGCAGAUUGUUUCAUUGUAUUUAAACCUGUUGGUGAAAGGAAAUUCAAUAAAAUGUUCAAAAGAUCAGUUCAGUGGCGUUUUAAUGAAAGAGGACGCUGUAAAGAGUCUAUUGAGCAGAACAAUGCUUCUGAUUUUCAACAGACGACUGCCAUCUACUGACCAAUAUGUGACGUCUACUUCCUGAUCUCUUCUGCUGUAUGAGCCCACUGUGGACACUAGGGAGCGAUGUUGUUACACACUCCUCACUGUGCCUCAUCGGCCUUCACAGGACCUACAAAGCCAGCGCCACCCAACAACACUGCUGGUCUGGUAUCUGAGAGCUAAAAGAGAUCAAAUAAAAUCUUGAUUUUGCACAUCAUUAUUUCAAGUGUUCGUGUGUGAGUGUGUGUGUGUGUGUACUCAAAUCAUUAUGUUGAGAGAUUUUACUGAUUGGCUAAUGUUCAGGUGAAAGAGGACCUACCCAGAACCCGCAUCCUGAGAUUCUCAGGUUUUAAAUAGUUCAGACUGAAAACGAUUAACACUUAAUUUGACUUUUUUGUUCAUCUUUUCUUCUUGUACCUCCAAGUAUUUUGUUCGUUUCUGCAAAUAUUUGUGCUGAGGUAGUUUGUUCCCCGUGUUGUGUUUUCUGAUGCACUUUGUAACCUUGUUGUUGAAGGUGCGUUAUAACUACAUUUGUAUUCUAAUUCUGACUGCACUUUCUACACUGUACUAAGAUAAAAUGUACUUGGUUCUAAAAAAAAGACGAGUAACCAGCUAACAUCAUUUUAGGGAUUAAGUGUAUUUCAAUGUUCUUAAUCGUUUAGGUGAAGCCAGGAUUGACUGUCACAAAAAACAAGGUGACACCCACAGGAGCAUCCUAUCGCUCAGACUUCAGACGGGCUAGUAUCCUAGUGUGUGUGUGUGUGUGUGUGUGUGUGUGUGUGAGAGACUCAAUUCAGCCUAAACUCAGUCAUUGCAGGACUAUUUCAGCAUGUGCACAUUCCCCUGUGCUGCCAUGCCUUUAUCAUUUUGUCUCCAGCCCAAAAGAGUCUCACACCACUGAUGACUUCUUCAAAUAAGAACAUGAUCUGACCUGCUGCAUGUGUUACCCAUACCAAGACUCUAAAUAUUGUAAAAAUGUAAAGAGCACUGUAACGAAUGUAAUGAAGAAAACACUACACAAUUUGUGUAGUUCAUGAAACAUUGACAAUUUGGAGACACAAGAGUUAAAAGUAGUGAAGUGUGUGGAUGGUGAAAAUGUCUAAAAGUCUUAGAAAUACUCAGGCUACCAGAAUAGUGCUUUGUGCU